AGUGGAGAUGGGCAAAUUUCCGGGAGGGUGAAAGCCCACAAGUGCCAUGAGAAUACAUCCAUUCUUGCUGAUGAUUACAAGAAUAUUAAACCUGAAUUCUCAAACCUUUCUUCCACGUGGCCAUUGCGUCAAGGCAUACGACAUUACAUCUUAAAACCAUUUGUGGAGUUGAUUAAAUCAUGGUCUACACUAUAGAGUUUGCACUCCAUCCUAACAGAAAACUAAUGGGAUCAUUUAAAUUUGAAGCAUAACUUGAAUUUGAAUUUGUUUAUGUAAGGAAUGAUCUCAGCAUCCUAUUGAGGAAAUAUAAUAUAACCCAAUUAAAAGUUUCCCAUUUCCAUUGACCCCACACUGCAUAGCGAGGGCGGCCGGCUGAACUCCAUUGACGAGACAAUUUGCUGAUAUAACGGAGCCCAAAUUCUCUGUGCCACAGAAUUUGGAUGUUUGGGCUUUGUUUCUUAUAACAAAUUUGUCAAAUCAAUUGAGAAAGACAGAGGUUUUAUAUUAUUAGCAUUAAAUGAGUGACCCAAGUAAUGGAGGCCGAGGAUCCGAGGUUUUGGCUGAGGAAAUUCAAUCUGGGUCCAGAGCCGCAAGGGCUGGAGUUCUUUGAAUUUUCGCCUUGGCCACUUCAAAUAGCAUGAUCGGGGAUCUUUAAGAGAAAGUAAAGCUGAAACAAAAGUUUUAUCACAUGGGUAUGCAGAACUUGGAGGGUAAACUGCAAUCGAUCUAGUCUCUCUAGAUCUGGAGGGUAAACUGUUGGAGAAGCUAUUGGUACAGAAAUCCAACGUGAGUAGCCCUAGAAAACUAGGGUUACCUGUUGGAGAAGCAUUUUGUAGAGAAAUCUAAUGUGAGUUGGAAUAGAAAAUUACUUCACCAAUGGAGCAGCAGUGGGAACUUCAACUUAUGCCAGGCUCAAAGCAAGAUGAAGAUGAAGAUCUAAUACCAGCUGAUAAUACUGGACAAUUCCAUUCAAGAGAUUCUUUACAACUCUCCAUUGGGUUUUAUGAGCCACAGCAACAGCAUGAAACCAAGGUAGCUGCAAAACAGCUACAUCCAAGCAAUAUGGAUGAAAACCAAAUGGAAAAAGAGACUCUUGGGCAAGUGACGCUGUGCUUGGGAAGUGGAACAGCUUCAAGUGCAGGUGCAGUUGUGUCCCAUGAAAACCAAAUUAGACAUGAAAAAGAAGAAGAAGAAGAAAAAGCAAAGAUGAUUGCAGAGAGUGAGAAUGAAGAUGGAGGGGCAGCAGAGUUAGUGAAGCAGCAAGCAAGGGAGCAAUUGAGGCUGGCAACUGUAGAAAAGGCCUAUGCAGAGCAUGCAAGAGAAUUGGCCAAAAGGCAGAUGGAAUUAGCAGAGGCAGAAUUUGCCAGUGCCAAGAGAAUUAGAGAGCAAGCUCAAGCUGAGCUUAAUAGAGCUCAGCUACUAAAAGAACAGGCAACCAGGCGCAUUGAUGCUACUUGCAUGGAGAUCACUUGUCAAGCAUGCAGACAGCAAUUUCAGUAUCACCUUUCAUGGCCUCAUCAGCCAACUCCAACUUUAGCAGAUCAGAAUAGAAAUCACCCAACAACAAGAUUCAUUCAUGCCUCUGCAAUCACAGAUCAAUCCAGUCAAGAGGAGACUUAUUUGUCUCUGCAGUUAAAGCCUCAGCCAGCCCAGGAGCAGCAGCUUCUAUUAAAUUCAAGCUCUCAGACAGCUUCCACAUCAAAACAACAAAAGAACUGAGAUUAUCUAUUCGAUUUUAAUAACAGCACACAGUGUGUUAUAGAUAUAACUUAUGUUCAGAGAAGGCUCGACCAUCCAUAGGAAGGCUCCACCGGCCUUGUAUGUGAGCAACUCCAUUCCCAUUCCAAAAUAUCAAUAUUAUUUCUUUAGAUGCUUUAUACCGUACAAAAUAUUCGAGAAAUACGGUGUACUGUGUAUUGUGGAAAAUAUCAACUUUAUUUAUUAUAAUUCCUAUGUUUUUAUGUUUUUGGACUAUAGAGAGUAUUUUCCAAUUUCA